UCUGUUUCCCGGUUCUGUCCACUGACAUGCACCUUCUUUCUUUCCACUGACAGACAAAAAUAGAAAAGCUCUCACCUCCGAGCCAUAAAUUGUACAUGCUCUCCUCUCAGACAGCAACGAGCAGAGACCCACAGUCCCUCCUACUAUGUCAUUCUGUUGUGUUAAUGCCCACAUGUUUGACCCAAGCUGUUGGGCGUACUAACAAUGACAACCUGUUUUAGGGUUUAAACCUCUCCUUGCAUAUGACACAACCCAAACUGCUCGCCGCUUCAGCUGCAGUAUAUCUUUCUGUCUUUCUAUCUCUGUCAUCGUGACACCCAGCCAAAUCUCUCUUUUUACGUCCCGGUCUCCCCACUCCAGUGUUCACCGCUAGUCUUUUUUUGUUUCCUGUUCUGUAAAGACCACUUGGAAUGUACAAGAAUCGCAUUAAAGACACCAACAACAACUUCAACAAUUCUCAUCUCAAUGAUUUCAAGAAUAAGCUUAUUCAAGCUAUUAAGAAGAUAAAACAUGAAGUUGACGAGUGUUAUGAAGAAGAAAGGGACACCUAUGCAGAGGCCCUUGAUGUGGAGUUCAAGUUUGAUGCAAUGGAGCGGGAGAUCCAAGCCGAGUUCCGGAACAUUCAUCGGUUCCUGGAUGAAGAGGAAGAGAACGAUAUUGAACGACUCAGGAAAGAGAAAGAGAAAAGAAUAAGUCUGCUGAAAGAGAGAGAAAGAAAGAUUUCUAUGCAAGGGAGAAAUCUGGAGCGAGCCAUUGAAACCCUGAAUAUCAAACUAAGGGAAGAGGACAGUCCCAAACUGCUCAAAGAAAUCAGAGAACUCUUACAAAGAUGUGACGUCAACUACAUAGCCCCCCCUCCCGUGGACAGUGAAGUUUGUUCUGGACAGUUUGUGGGACCCAUUCAGUACAGGAUCUGGAAACACAUGAAAGCCUCAAUAUACCCAAAUAUAACAACGCUGACCUUUGACCCAGAAACUGCCCAUCCCCUCCUCGCUCUUUCACCCAAUUGCUCCACAGUGCGCUUCGACGAUGACAAAAAGAUGCCCCCCCAGGAGGAGCUAGAGAAGAACCCCCGCUGCUUCAACUAUUACUACUGCGUGAUGGGCAGGGAGAGUUUCUUCACUGGCCGCCACUACUGGGAGGUGGACGUGGGCAAAAAGACUGCCUGGAGGGUGGGCGUGGCACGCGAGGACGUCCCUCGGGGCGAGAUGGCCGUCAGCACCACCGCCACUGGCUUCUGGACACUGUCACUUAAGGGCGGCUCCAUCGUGGCCUGCACCCACCCGAAGCCCACGCCAGUGCGGACCUCCAUCCUUCCCACGCGCAUCGGCGUCUUCCUGGACUGCGACAGGGAGGAAGUGUCCUUCUACAACGCGGUCACCAUGACGGCGCUCCACUCCUUCUCCAUGGAGAACAUGGAUGGGCCCAUCUUCCCCUUCUUUAACCCCUGUGACACAGACAAUGGGAGGAACGCCUCCCCUCUCACCAUGUUCAUGCCUGCCUUGUGACAGAUUCAAGAGAGCAUUUUACAGAUUAGAUAUUGUUAAUUGUUUGUUGUAUGUUGGGAUGUAGUUUACCAAAUCUACUACCUGCUUAAGAGGAUACACUUUACCUUAAAGGAACUUCAAUACCUUUCACUACUGAAAUAGAGGAACAUUACAUGUAAUAUAGAGUAUAAAGCAGCUACAGAAGCACUGCAUUACAUUGAUGAUUGUGUCACUGCAGUUAUGGUUUAUUUAUGAUUUAUUUAAUCUAUUUUGUUUGUUUGUUUGUUUGUUUGUUUGUUUGACAGAUGAACUCUGGAAUUAACCCACAUUAUUUGACCACCCCUUGUGCACUUUAAGGGCAUAAAAUAAAUCAUGCUUCUAUUUCCAAAUACAUGCUUCAUUAACUUAAA